AUGGCUCUGACUUUCCACACAGCCCUAUAUUUCACCAUUGUGGGCUUGAGCUUUGCAGCAUCAGAUGCAAGACACGUUCAGUGGUGUACAAUAUCACAUCUUGAGCAGAAGAAGUGCAAUGAUCUAGUGGGAUCCUGCAAUGUCCCUGACAUUACCCUUGCGUGUGUGUACCGAUCGUCCACUGAGAACUGUAUGGCAGCUAUAAAGGAUGGACAAGCAGAUGCUAUGUUCCUAGAUAGUGGAGAUGUUUACAAAGCUUCGUUAGAUCAUUAUAAUCUGAAGCCAAUCAUUGCAGAACCAUACAGUUUGCAUAGAGAGUUAACAAAAUGCUUGAAGCAUCGUCAGGAAUCUCUGGGAGGAGAUAAGAUGGUGAAAGGUCGUUAUAUUCCUCAGUGUGAUGAGAAGGGCAAUUACCAUCCAGUGCAGUGCCAUGCCAGCACCGGGUACUGCUGGUGUGUUAAUGCAAAUGGUGAAAAGAUUGAAGGCACAAAUACCACACCUGUACAGACACCACCUACAUGUCCAAGUCAGGUCUUAACAAAAUGUUUGAAGGAGCGUCAGGAAGCUCUGGGAGGAAAGAGGAUUGCGAUAGGUCGUUAUAUUCCUCAAUGUGAUGAACAGGGCAAUUACCGUCCAAUGCAGUGUCAUGGCAGCACCGGGUACUGUUGGUGUGUUAAUGCAAUUGGUGAAAAGAUUGAAGGCACAAAUACUCCUCCUGGAAAUACACAACCUACAUGUCAAAGUCAUGAUUGGGAUACGUGUCAUUAUGCAGUUGCUGUGGUGAAAAACUCCAGCACAUUUCAGUUUGGUCAGCUGAAAGGAAAGAGGUCCUGUCACUCAGGCUUAUCUAAAACAGAUGGCUGGAAUGCUCCUGUAAAUGUUUUUGUUGAAAAGAAGUUGCUACCCUGGGAUGGACUUGCAAAAGGAUCAAUUGAAAGAGCUGUAUCAAAGUUCUUCUCAGCCAGCUGCAUCCCUGGAGCAACCGAGACCAAUCUCUGCAAGCAGUGUAUAGGAGAGGAAGAGAAGAAGUGUAAGAGCAGCCAUGAUGAGCCAUACUAUGGUGACCAUGGAGCAUUCAGAUGUUUGCAAGAAGAUAAGGGAGAUGUAGCUUUUCUGAAAAACACAGCUUUGCCAGAUGAACAUUCAGGGGUGUAUGAACUUCUGUGUCCAGACAAUACUAGGAAGCCCCUUAACAAAUAUAAGGAGUGUAACUUAGGAAAAGUUCCAGCAGAUGCAGUGGUGACCAGAAAAGCCGGUGACAAGACUAAGGACAUCAAUGACUUUCUCCUGGAGGCUCAGAAAAAGAAAUGCAAAUUGUUCGGUUCUCCACAUGGGAAAGAUCUGAUGUUUGAUGAUUCUACCACACACUUAGCCCCUCUCCCAUCUGAAAUAGAUGCAUUCUUCUUUCUUGGAGUAAAGUGGUACAAUGCUAUGAAAGCACUGACUGAAGAUGUAAAGCUUCCAUCCAAGAACAAAGUGCGCUGGUGUACAAUAAAUAAACCGGAAAUGAUGAAGUGUAAGGAUUGGGCAGCUGUAAGCGGUGGGGCCAUUGCAUGCACAGAGGCAUCUUGUCCAGAGCACUGUGUUAAACAGAUUUUGAAAGGUGAAGCUGAUGCAGUGACACUUGAUGUACAAUACAUGUAUAUGGCUCUGAUGUGCGGACUGCUGCCAGCAGUAGAAGAAUAUCCCAAUAAAGAUGAUUUUCAUCCUUGUCAAAUCCCUGGAUCUACAAUAAAAGAUUUUGGGACAAAGCGUGCUGUAGCAUUGGUAAAAAAAAGCAACAAAGACAUCAAAUGGAACAACCUUAAGGGCAAGAAGUCCUGUCAUACUCAUGUUGGUGAUAUUCCUGGCUGGGUUAUCCCUGCUGGUCUUAUUAGCAACCAGAACGACAAUAUUGACAUUGAAUCCUUCUUUGGUGAAAGCUGUGCUCCUGGAUCAGAUACUAAUUCCAAGCUUUGUAAACUGUGCAUUGGUGACCCCGAGAAUCCCAAAGCCAGUACAAGAUGUUCUCUCAGUGAUAAGGAGGCUUAUUAUGGAAACGAAGGCGCCUUUAGAUGUCUUGUGGAAAAAGGAGAUGUAGCAUUUGUGCCUCACACUGUUGUGUUCGCAAACACAGAUGGUAAAAAUCCAGCAGAAUGGGCUAAAGAUUUGAAAUCAGAGGACUUUGAAAUAUUAUGUCUGGAUGGCUCACGUGCCCCUGUCACUAAUUACAGGGGCUGUAAUCUUUCAGGCCUCCCACCUCGUGCCAUCGUCACCCGGGAGGAGAGUGUCAGUGAUGUUGUAAGAAUUCUUAUUAAUCAGCAGUCCCUGUAUGGACGGAACGGAUUUGAGAAAGAUAUGUUCCAGAUGUUUUCUUCAGCUAAAGGCCAGAACCUCCUCUUCAACGAUGAGACUCAGUGCCUGAUUGAAUUUGAUAGACAACCUAAAGACAUUAUGGAGGAUUACUUUGGGGUACGCUACUACACUGCAGUGUACAGUGCAAGCAGAUCUGCCGUACCAUCAGAACUGAUACCUGCCUGCACAUUUAAACACUGUUAAGACGAUAAGAAAAAUGGACAAAACAUC